GAGUGAUGUCGCAAGAGGCCUGGUUUAAAGAACCAGGGAAUCUUCUUAGCCCCCACUUUUACUUGAGAAAAAGUUACAGCAUCUUCCACACACCUGUAAUCUCUGGACCAGCGUUUGCCGCGUUCCUCCCCCCCACAAACUGAGAGAUUGGAUGAAUCCUAUAAAUGCUUCUCAAUUACCGUAUUGAAGAAGUCUAUUCCCGGGACCCGUGCUCCCGCGAGAUCGCGAUCGUUUUUUAAAAAAGGAAUUGAGUUUUUUAAUGUUUAUUUGUUAUUGUCUCUGGAAACGCGCUGGUAAUUAAGAUGUGGAAGCUCUUGUGGGCCGCCACGGUUGUGGCGGUGAUUUCCACGUGCUACGUUGACGCAAAGAGCAAGAGGGCGAUUGAAAGCUACCCUAGGCCUCAAAAAAAUAGCGAUGGAUAUUUUUACGAUCGGCCGGACAAACCUUUUACACUACCAACUGAGAAACCUCCAAGACCACCACCGCCAACGAGACCUCCACAGACGAGGCCGCCAGUAGAGCAGACGAGACCUCCGAGGCCAACACCUCCUCCUCAGACUAGACCACCCCCACCUCCGCCACCACCAACAUCAAGACCUCCACAAGAGUACACAUAUCCUACACCCAAAGAGCCUUUUACAUUUAAGCCUCCUCCUCAGACUAGGCCACCACCUCCUCCACCAACUAGACCUCCACCACCUCCUCAGACUAGACCGCCACCUCCUCCGCCAACUAGACCACCACCGCCUCAAACUAGACCACCACCUCCUCCUCAGACCAGACCUCCACCACCUCCGCAAACUCGACCACCUCCACCACCACCAACAUCAAGACCUCCACAAGAGUACACAUAUCCUACACCUAAGGAGCCUUUCACAUACGGCCCACCACCACAAACCAGACCUCCACCUCCUCCACAAACAAGACCACCACCUCCUCCUCAGACUAGACCUCCACCACCACCUCAAACUAGACCUCCUCCACCUCCUCAAACGAGACCACCACCACCACCUCCGACUAGACCACCGCCACCCCCCCAGACCAGACCUCCACCACCGCCACCAACAUCAAGACCUCCACAAGAGUACACAUAUCCCACACCCAAAGAGCCUUUUACAUUUAAGCCUCCUCCUCAGACUAGACCACCACCUCCUCCGCCAACUCGACCUCCACCACCUCCUCAAACUAGACCACCACCUCCUCCGCCAACAAGACCUCCACCGCCUCCUCAGACUAGACCGCCACCUCCUCCACCAACAUCAAGACCACCUGAAGAGUACACAUAUCCUACACCUAAGGAACCUUUCACAUACGGCCCACCCCCACAAACCAGACCUCCACCUCCUCCACAAACAAGACCACCUCCUCCACCACAAACUAGACCACCACCUCCUCCUCAGACUAGACCUCCACCACCACCUCAAACUAGACCUCCACCUCCUCCGCAAACUAGACCACCGCCACCACCAACAUCACGACCACCACCAGAGUACUCAUAUCCUACACCGAAAGAACCUUUUACAUACAAGCCUCAGCCUACACAACCACCGAGGCAAACACAGCGUCCACCAGUGAAUAAUACACCACCACCCUCUCGGCCGCCUCCACCAUUUGAAUUUACCAAGAGACCAACAACGUCUAGACCACCACCACAACCAACGACUCGGCCUCCACCACCAAGAACAACUUCCGUUCAACCGUUUAAUCCAACCGAUGGUUACGGUUAUCAAACACCUAAGGUUCCAUUCCCUUCUAAUCCUAAUGAAAAUACCGUGAAGCCGCCUACCAGGCCACCAUACAGACCACCUCCACAACAACCACCAACAAGACCUCCUUACAAUCCACCACCUCAGCAACCACCAACAAGACCUCCUUACAAUCCACCACCUCAGCAACCACCAACAAGACCUCCUUACAAUCCACCACCUCAGCAACCACCAACAAGACCUCCUUACAAUCCACCACCUCAGCAACCACCAACAAGACCUCCUUACAAUCCACCACCUCAGCAACCACCAACAAGGCCACCUUACAAUCCGCCACCUCAACAACCACCAACAAGAGGACCACCAUCAUACCAGCCACCAGCAACCAACCCACCAGAAUAUCUUCCACCGGAUCUUCCUAAAACAACACGAUAUGUGCCUUCAACAACUCAAAGGCCAGUGACACAACGACCAACAACCCAAAGACCAGUGACACAGAGACCAACGACUCAGAGACCAGUAACUCAAAGACCAACAACUCAGAGACCAAUAACACAAAGGCCAACAACUCAACAACCGUAUCAACCGUCUCCAAAUGAUUUUGUAACACGAGUCACAAACUAUCCAACCACUACAAGAAGGCCUGCAACCAGACCAACGACUAAUGCACCAGAAUAUCUGCCACCAGUUACUGAAAGAACAACACGAUAUGUUCCACCAGUAACUGAAAGAACAACAAGAUAUGUUCCACCAGUAACUGAAAGAACAACAAGAUAUGUUCCACCAGUAACUGAAAGAACAACUACUAGGAUUCCAUACAGGCCUCCACCAACUAAUCCACCAUUUACAGAGAGGACAACCCGAUACGUGCCACCAGUUACAGAGAGGACAACUCGAUACGUUCCACCAGUAACUGAACGUACAACAAGAUACAUACCUCCAGUAACGGAAAGAACAACAAGAUAUAUACCUCCGGUAACUCAAACUACCCCAAGACCAACACGUAGAUCAACUACACCAGCAGAAUACCUUCCUCCUCUAACUCAACCAACCCAACCACCAUCUAGACCAACUCAACCACCAACUAGACCAACUCAACCACCAACUAGACCAACUCAACCACCAACUAGACCAACACAGCCACCAACAAGACCAACACAACCACCAACAAGACCAACUCAACCACCAACAAGACCAACUCAGCCACCAACUAGACCAACUCAGCCACCAACUAGACCAACUCAGCCACCAACAAUACCAAAACAACCUCCCACUCCACCACCAACUAGACCAACCCAACCACCAACUAGACCAACCCAACCACCAACCAGACCAACUCAACGUCCAGAAACAAGACCACCGCCUUACUUACCACCAUCAUCACCCAGACCGACCUAUUCAACUGUCACCGCGCCUCCAUUCCCAACCGUCGUCUACAGCUCGACCUUCAGCACAGUAACCUACAGACCUCCAACGGGCAAGCCCGUUCCUCCCCCAACUUUACCUCCCCCAACAUCCAGACCCACAGGAUACUUCUACGAAAUUCCCGACAUUCCCUUCGAAUUCCGCAAGCGUUAAAAAAUAAAAAAAUAUAAAUAAAAAUUAUAAUAAAUAAUUAAUUAAUUAAUUAAAUUUGCGAUACUGCCUUUUUAUAUAUUAAGAACUAAAAAUUAACAUUUUUUUUAAAUUAAUUAAUUAUUAUAUUAAUAUUAAUGAUUGUAAAUGUAAGAUUUAAAGUUAUAAAGUUAAACAGAGAUAUAAUUCACUAUUUUUGUCAUAUGCACAUAUCAUUUAAUUUCAAGAUACCACCAGAUUGUCUGAAAUCCGACUAAACUUUAUAAUUUUUUUUUUAUACU